AUGAAUUAUAGUUUUGAUUUUGCAUUCAAUCAAAUUAUUACAGCUAAUCAUAUCAAUACAAACAACAAUAGGCUUUAUAAUCAUUAUAUUUAUUCACAAAAAAAAAUUUUCCAAUUAUAUUUUGAUCGAUCAGAUCGAUUGCAGGUUAAAUCGAUUGAAUUUCAACAACAACAACAACAACGUUCCAAAAAUAAUAAUGAUGAUGAUUAUUAUUAUUUACAAAAUUUUUCGGGUGAUUAUGGAUUCAGUUUACAUAUGGCCGAACCAAUGACAUCAAAAAUUUGUUCAGGACGUAUUCAUCAACAUUUUCUUACUUGUUUAGAUCUUGUUUAUCGUAAUAUAUCAAAUGCAUAUAUAAAAAAUAAGGAAACAUUUUUAUUCGAAAUGGAUGAUAAUUUUCGUCCAAGUUUAGCAUUUCAACAUAUUAGCUAUGAUCGUUAUGAUUAUAGCCGUUAUAUGAUUAUUUUUGUUGAACAAAAUCUUCAAAUAUUAUCCAUAAAUAAUCAAAGUGAUAAAAUAAUUUAUCAACGACAUUUUAAUCGUCGUUGGCAAGUGUAUUUAUUUGCAAAUAUGGAACGUAUUACAAAUCAAACAUAUAAUGCUAUUGUACCUGAUUAUCUUAAUAAAAUUCCAACAGAAUUUGAGCUAACAGGUGUUUAUGGUUGGACACGUAAAAACAGUGAUUAUGAUGAAUAUAUGAUUAUUGUUUUCAAUGGAACCGAUCAUCUAUACUGUAUGAAUGAAGCGUGUUCACAAUCAAAAAAUUAUCAACAAUUUUUGCCUGAAUGUCGUGCACCAGAAUCAUUAAUAGCAUUAAAUCAACAAUCAUUGAAUCCAAAAUUUUCACAACAAGGUUUGGUUGUAACUAAAUGUUGUGGACAAUGGGAAAAAUUUUCCAAAAAUCAACCAAACAAUAAUAAUGAUGAUGAUUAUGAUGAUGAAAGUCAAUGGCAAAUUCGUGAUGGAAAAUUAUAUCGUGUACGAUCGGCACGUUCAACAAAUCUAAAUUAUGUCAUCUGGUCAUUGAUUAUAUUGGGAUUUUUAAUAUUAUUAUUAUUAAUUUGUUGGAUUUAUAGCUGUAUUAAUGAAACCAGAUAUAAUGAUCGUAUGAUAAUGGAGAAAAUUUUGCCAAAACAAAAUGAUCAACAACAACAACAACAACAUCUAAAUCUAAAUGAUGGUCAUGCGACAAAUACAAUAAAAAAAUCAUCCGAAACAUUAACAACAACAACAACAACUGUAGAUAAUCAUUCAAAGCCGAAAGAAGAUUUCAAAGAUUAAAUCAAAUCAAUCAUCAUAUUUUGUUAAUCAAUUGUACUUGAAUCAAAUCUUAUCCAUCACUCUUAUAGUCAAAUGAUAUCUCAGAAGACAGAAAAAAAUCGGAGCCAA